AUGGUGGGCACUAUCGUAAUUGCCCUGAGUCUUCUUUCAACCGGCUCAGGAAUUGAACUUCCAGGAACAACAAUUGCAUCGGUAUUACUUUGUUUCGCAGAGGUCGGAUUCAUGUACCUUUUCUCCGUGUUCAGUCAAUACAUUACUGAUUUGAGCAUGGACCUCCGGUUCACAAUGUACAGUACCAAAUGGUACUAUUGCAACAAGACCACAGCACAGAGCAUCGCCAUAUUUCAAACUAUGACUCUCAAACCGAUGACUUUGACGGCUGGUGGAAUAGUACCAGCCAAUAUGGAUACGUUUGGAAAAGUAAUGAACAGCGCAUACUCUUAUUACAACGUUGUAAAUGCCUUCAACAUUACAGUUUAA